UGCUCCACGGGCGGAAGAGGCGGCGGCGGCGGCUGGAGCGGCGGCUGCGGUGGUAGGAGCCAAGGAGCAGGCUCCAGACGCUGCUUAGGAACCGGGGACCCGGGAGUGCCCGCACCCUGAGCUCUCAGCUCCGGAGGCGUCAUGGCAGAGUACGGGACUCUCCUUCAGGACCUGACCAACAACAUCACCCUUGAAGAUCUGGAACAGCUCAAGUCAGCCUGCAAGGAGGACAUCCCCAGCGAGAAGAGUGAGGAGAUCACUACAGGCAGUGCCUGGUUUAGCUUCCUGGAGAGCCACAACAAGCUGGACAAAGACAACCUCUCCUACAUUGAGCACAUCUUUGAGAUAUCCCGCCGUCCUGACCUACUCACUAUGGUGGUUGACUACAGAACCCGUGUGCUUAAGAUCUCUGAGGAGGAUGAGCUGGACACCAAGCUAACCCGCAUCCCCAGUGCCAAGAAGUACAAAGACAUUAUCCGGCAGCCCUCUGAGGAAGAAAUCAUCAAAUUGGCUCCCCCACCAAAGAAGGCCUGAGCAAUGGGGAGGAAGAGGAGGAAGGUUGGAUCUUCAUCAGACCACUCCCUUCCCCAUCCUCAAUGGGAGGGGCUAGGGCAACCCCCUGCCCUGUACCCACUUACUAACUUGGUCCUAACCCCUUUACUAUGCGCGUGUGUGUGCGUGUGCGCACGCUCUGGCUGUCUGUCUGUCUAGCUCAUCUAGUUCCUCCUCCUCAUGAGGGGAUUGCAGUCAGGGGAGGGGGAACUUAAUUUCCCCACUAUAGGGGGAGGUAGAAGCUAUUUCUAUGAAAAUAGAAAUUGGCACAUUCCUCCUCCUCCCCUUUCCUCCACUCUUCCCCCACAUCUUUAAAGUAUGGAAGCAGAAAGGACCUGCAUUUUCCUACACUGAGGAGCUAAGGUAAAGAUGAGGUAUGGGAGAGAUGGUUAGAUCUAAAGAAAAGCAGUGGGGGAGGGUAAAGAGGCUACUCAACCUCCACCUGGAAGGGACGAAGAAAGGCCAGAAUUCAGUAUUUGUAUUAGGCUGGACUGGCUAGAAUCCAGUUUCCUGCUAUUCCUUAGGCUGAAGUCCCAAGUGCCAGUGGUCCCUCCCCUUGCCAUGGGCCUGGGAUGGGUUUGAGCCAGAAAUCUUAAUGAGAAGACCACUAGAUCCUUUCCUGGCCCCAAAGAUCUAACCCCAUGGAGAAGAGAAGUCAGUAUUUGAUGCCCCCAACUUCUGCUCUGGAGACUAUGCUGGGACCAUGCACUACUGAGCCUGAGACAGGAAUGCAGGCAGAGACAGGCCCCCUUUCUACUUCUCUGUUCCUAGAUACAGACUGUUGGAAUACACUGACCCUGAGCCUAGGGAGAUUGGGGAAUGCAAUCCCUUUUAGGUUUUAAACCCCAACCUGCCCACUCCUUCAGGGUCCCAAUGUGGAUAUUGUAGACAACCUUCCCACUCUCCAGUUUAGAAUUCCCCAAGCAAGAAAGGGUUAACUACAGUUGUUUCCUUUGCACUGACUACCACCCCAAUUCAAUCCAGGAAGGGACUUGGUGACCUUUCUCAUUUGGCUUGUGAAUGCCUCACAGCCAAGUCACUAGAGUACAGUGAGUGAACCCAGCCUCCUACCUGUCCCAAGAUGCCCUUCCCCAUCUUGACCGUGCUAACUGUGUGUACAUAUAUAUUCUACAUAUAUGUAUAUUAAACCCGCACUGCCAUGUCUGCCCUUUUUUUGUGGUUUUUAGCAUUAACUUAUUGUCUAGGCCAGAGCCGGAGUGGGAGGGGAAUGCCACAGUAAAGGGAGUGGCAGAGCCAAAUUGUUAAAUAGUCCAAACAGAAAAGAAAGCAUUUAAACCAACCACAACAAACAUUAAAUUUACACACAAGCUCAGAGAAAGUUGAAGGUAGGAGCUUUUAGGAUGUGGGAGCAAAACUUCACAGGGAGGGGAGGAUGGGCUGUCCGAAGAGAGAAGCCAGAGUGGCUAGAGCACCCUCAACUCCUAGCCAAGCCCAGUCUGCCCAUCUCCUCUGGCCACUGCUGCAGACACCUGCCUUAACACACACCUCCAGUUUUGCCUUAAAGGUCCUUCCUAAGUCUCCCUAGUCUUGCCUGGCUUCUCCUUUAAAAAAAGAGAUACUUGUACAACUGGGAGAAAGGAAAUAAGCAUAAACCAUCCUUCCAUCUGGAUUGUUGUAUGAGAGCAAGAAUGAGAUGGCGCUUACUUUAUGGAAGAAAAAAAAGAGAAGAGAGGGUGCUUUUCAGCAGUUUCUCUAUAAGGCAAAAAAACAAAACAAAACCCACAAACCUUAAAAAGACUAACCUGCCCGAAUAGACUGAUCUACCCUGCUACCCUCGUGCUGCUGGUCGCCCCUAGCCUGUGCUCCUCUGUCUGCAGCAUGCACAGCCUUGUUCUAACCCUGGAAUAAAGGUGACUGACUGUACUGUA